CUUGCUGCUGAAAUGGUGUGUGGGAUACAAUACUUACACAUGAAUGGCAUUAUCCAUCGAGACCUGAAGCCUAGAAACAUCUUAUUGGAUGGCAAUGGUCAUCUUAAGAUUGCAGAUUUUGGCUUGGCAGUAGAAAAUAUGUUUGCCGGGAAAACAUGUAAAGAGUAUGCUGGCACUGCAGGAUACAUUGCUCCUGAGAUGCUUAAAGAGCACAGAUACAAUGCUUCCAUCGACUGGUGGUCAUUCGGAGUGAUUCUGUAUAACAUGGUUACUGGAAAAAAAACAUUUUGCUGUGAUAAAUCCAGCAAUACUAAAGCUAAAUCUACACUGGAGGACACACCAAGUUAUCCUCCUUAUCUGCGUGCUGUUACACAAGACUUUUUAGAGAAGCUGCUUUGUAAAACACCUUCUAAACGCCUUGGACACAAAGGAAAUAUACGCAAGCACCCCUUUUUCAAAUCAAUAAAUUGGGAGGAGCUUGAGGCUGGGCGACUAGUCCCACCAUUCUUGCCUUGCACAACAUCAUCACACGUUUCAAAAGAAACAAUGAGUGUAGAAGAAGCCAUAUCACAGGUAAAGACAGUGCAGAAACCAAUAAAUGCUAAAGACCAAAAGCUGUUUGAUGGCUUUACUUAUGUCAACCCCAAAUGGAUUACUGCUGUACAGCCAAUAGCAGUUCAAGGACCAUCAGGGCUAGGGGAAACAUCUUCAACAUCUGCAUCAAUAAAGAAGGAAAGCUACCAUGAAAAUCCACCCUCCUCUUCUUAAGUGAAAGAGUUAUUUCCACUCAUAUCAUGUAGGGAAAACAUCAUAAG